AUGGUUCGCACAUCCUCUCUCGCAAAGGGCAAGAGCAGGGGCCUUACCCAGUCGAUCAGUCUUCCCAACAUGCGUCGGAUGCACACGCAGACGGUGCCAUCCUCCCCACUCUCGUCCUCGCUCCCUCUCCCCAGCCCUACCUACCCCCGCACCAACCCUCCCAAACGGCAGCCUCAGAAGAGACUCUCCAUCAGAGACGCCAAGACCGCACUAGCGGCUCAGCCGCAGCUCCCAGAGUUGGAUCCCGUACAGCGUACGGCGCCCCAAAUCGACCCUGCCACCAGCACUCCAGACAUCAUGGCGGCAGCACAUACCCUCGCCGUCAUUGUGGCCGCUAGGUGCCCUCUGAAGACGUCGCCUCUUCCCGUGCUCCCUUGCAAGCCAGCUGCCAAGAUCCAACCCGGUAUUGUGAAGAGCGUCAACAGUGCCCGCAUGUGGUGGGACCCCGAUUGGGAGUGGCUGCACUCACUGUACCCCUUGGCAGCCGAGUUCGGUGAUACCAAGAAGUAG